UGAAAUUAAUCAUAAUUUAAUUGAGCCCUAAUUCCCCUUCUCACUCUUAUGCUUGUUGAGCCCUAAUUCCCCUUCUCCUUCUUUUAUCCUUCUUGAGCCCUAAUUCCCCUUCUCCCUCGUCUGCAUCUUCAAUUCCAGAGUUUGGGGACGCAGCAGCAGAUUCAAGAAAAGGGCUCAGUGUGUUGGAGAGGCUGGUAUGGUGUCUAUUGGUUUGAGAGCAUUGGCAUUGAGAAACCAUAAAUCACACAAUUUAUCUCAGGACGGCUUGAUGAUGGGCGAAGGUAAAACUUCGUAUGAUGAUGUUGGUAAACGGAGGAAAAUGGGCAGGAAAGGAAGCAAGAAAGAAAGUGGAUUUCAUCGGAAUGAUUCAAACAAGAAUGAAUCCGGUGGUGCAUCAGGUGCUACAGGAAGAGCUCAGAGUUUUUCACAGGACAAGGGAGGAUCAGUAUCUCAGGCGUCAUUUGUCAGAAAGCAGGUCGAUCCAGAGACGGCUAAGUACUUCUCGGAGAUUACAAAUGUAAUAGAAGGCACCGAGGUGGAUGUGGAGGAGCGAUCCGUUAUAUGCGGUACUGCAUUGGAAGAAGCCAGAGGCAAAGAAGUGGAACUUGCAACUGAUUAUAUUAUUAGCCACACUAUGCAAACUCUUCUUGAAGGCUGCUCUUUGGACCGCCUAUGUUCUUUUCUUCGAAGCUCCGCAGACGAAUUUUCCCAGAUUUGUAUGGACAGGUCUGGUUCCCAUGUAGCUGAAACGGCCCUCAAGUCUUUGGCCAGGCACCUUGAGGAUGACGAGAGCCACUCUCUCAUCACAGAGACAUUAUCCGUUUUAUGCGAGGCAAUUGUGGCGGAUCCUGUUGAAAUAAUGUGCAAUUGUUAUGGAUCUCAUGUCCUGCGGAGACUUCUUUGUCUCUGUAAAGGAGUUCCCAUGGACUCGUUGGAAUUUCAUAGCACAAACCCGUCUGUCGUGCUGGCAGAACGUUUGAAUCUGCGAUCAUCUCAUGUGGACGGCCAUAAAACACUACAGAACCAGCCAUUCCCGGAUCAAUUAAAAUUUCUCAUAUCGGAGAUGGUUGAUCCUUCAAGGGCAGACAUGGCAGUCCUACAAGCUAAUCAAUAUAGCAGUUUGGUUCUGCAGACUGCGUUGAAACUAUUAGCUGGACAAGAGGAGGAUCUGAUCCGUUUAAUUCCCAUUCUCCUUGGCUGCCCUACCGAAGCUGCAUCAGAAGAAAACCUCAUAGAAGUUAAGACAGCUAAAAAAGUUCGACGUUUAGUGGAAGAAAAUGCAUACAGUCAUUUGAUGGAGGUCAUCUUGGCAGUGGCCCCUGAUGCAAUUUACAACGAGAUAUUCACAAAAGUCUUCAAGAAUUCUUUAUUUAGACUGUCGUCGCAUUUCUGUGGGAACUUUGUCAUACAAGCAUUGAUAUCUCAUGCAAGAAGUCAAGAACAUAUAAAGUUGAUAUUUGAGGAACUGGGUCCGAAAUUUAGAGAGCUUCUUGAGUUGGGAAGGGCUGGAGUUGUGGCAGCUCUUGUUGCUGCCAGUCAAAGACUUCAGGGCAAUCAGCGCGAGUGUUGCCAAGCCCUUGCUGAUGCUGUUUGUUCGAGAGAUGAGUCUUCUGCAUGCAUUAUUCCGCGGCUAUUAUUUCUUGACAAUUACCUCUAUUCUGUAGAUAAAGAAAACUGGAGUUGGCCAAGUGGUUUUAAAAUGCAUGUUUUGGGCUCUUUAAUGCUGCAGUCAAUUUUCAAAUACCCUAGUGAAUUCAUAAAAGCAUAUCUCACCAGCAUCACAUCGUUAGAGGAUAAAUAUGUUCUUGAAGCGUCAAAAGAUCCUGCUGGCGCCCGUGUUAUCGAGGCUUUUCUCCUUUCGAGUAUCUCUGCUAAGCAAAAGUACAAGAUAGUUGCCAAACUUCGAGGACAUUUCGGAGAGCUCGCUGUGAUUCCAUCGGGCGCAUUUACCAUCGAAAAAUGCUUCAAUGUCAGUAACAUGUCUAUGAAGGAAACAAUUGUGUCGGAACUAUUACCUUUCCAAGCAGAGCUGUCUAAAAGUAAACAAGGCCCGUAUCUCUUGAAGAAACUUGACGUUGAGGGAUUUGCAAGACGACCAGAGCAAUGGAGAUCUAGGCUAACUUCCAAACAAUCUGUCUUCAACGAAUUCUACGAAGCCUUUGGACAAAAGGAUGCUAAAUCUUCUCGAAGUGACAACUUCCUUUCGGAUUCUCACAAAAUCACUCAAGCGGAAAAGUUCAAGGGCAUAAGGAAAGAGAUAGAUGAUGGCCUUUCUUCUGGUUUUGUUUCCAAAUCCGGCACUCCAUUCCUGGCUUACCAGGGAUCGACUAAAGUGAAAAAAUCAGGGGAUCAGAAGUCGAAAGCCCGAGGUUUCCCCAAAGACAAUGAUGAUUUCUCCAAAAGCAAGAGCAAAAAGCAUAAAACAUCAAAAGAUGGAGAAACUCUCCCUGGUGGGAAGACAUCAGCUCCUAAGAAUGAGAAGAAACGGCGCAGGAAAGAGGGCUCAUCAGAAUCUUUGAACAAGAAGCUGAAGGCUGGGAUCAAUGAUUAACUUAAAGCUACUCUACUCUUGACAGAUAUGGAUAGUUCUCACGGUUUUGUUUUAUUUUUGUCGCAUUUUGUACUUGUUUUUUGGCACAUUGAAGAAAUGGAAUCAGACUGGAUCAAAAGCUCUUGUAUUCACAUGUGUAAGCUAUGGAUUACAUUAGAAAAGCAAAUUGCAGCUACAGCAAAAUUGGUUGCAAUCUAAGUUGCAACAAAGGGAUCCUGUUCUAGAAGAAAACAGCGAAUUCUAAUCUGCCAAAGACAGGUACUAUCUUCUCCACUCUGCCCGUUGCUUUCGACACUCAUCCUAUGGAGGAUUGGACCUAGCACAAGAACAACACAUCUGAGUGUAUGGAGGAAAAGGCCUUCAACUUUUUUGGGAGUUAGGAGGUUUACUUAUUCUGCGUGGGAUUCGAUCUGCUCGGAGGUACUCUUCUGAAGCUCGACUUCUCCUUCUUGUAUGGAUUCCUCUGUUUUACAUCCAAACCCUUUAAAGACUGUGAAGGCAGCUCCACGGUCGAGGUGGAUGCACGUGCUCUCUCCAAAAGGGAUCUCCCGGCUCGAGCUCCCUGCACGUUGGAAUGCAGAAUCAACACCAACGCAAGAAGCAACGAGGCCGCCGCCACACUCAGAUUGGACUUCAUAACUGAUGCUGUGCUCUACUUUGAUGGUGAGCAGUGUUUGUUUGUUCGGGUAGACACGAUAGUGAUGGAGUUUAGCUUUUGUAGUGAAAUUUAGAAGUGUGAUUGAGCUCAUCCAGUCCAUUGAUAUAUACAUAUAUGUGUGUGUGUGUGUGCUUAAGAUCUUGUUGGAAUCAUAUGCAUGUUGGAUCAUGUGAUGUUUCUUUGACUAUCAUGUUGUGAGUCUGACUUACAGAUUAGUUGUUACAGUUUCGGUGUGGUCACGUGACUGUGGCACGUGAUCAUAUAUUAAUCCUGCCAACUUUGUUAUUCUAA